AUGAGAGUUUUCCGGCUCACAAAGAUACCAACAACUGCCUCCCAUUCACCACUACCUGAAACAACUACCUUAUCUGCAACAUCUUCAUGUAUUAUGGCAUCAGUUCAAUCAUUGCCACUAUCCUCACACUUGUCAGAAGCAACUACAUCAAUAAUGCCUUCAGAUAUUUCUCAAAGUGGAUUAUCAGAAUUGAUAUGCAUACACAUGAAAAUUCUAAGUAAACAAAACUUACCAUACAGAGGAUCAAAUGCUACCGAAACACUUAGCCUCUUUGAUAAUGAAAAUAUAAAUCAUGGCAAUUUCCUGGAAAUGAUCCGUAUUAUAUCAAAGAAUGAUCAAAUACUUAGAGAUCAUUUAGAGAAGGCUAUUUUAAAAAGCAAACGUAGAAAAGAUACGCUUAAACUGUCUAACAAAUCAAAAUCGAAGGAAAGAGGUUCUCUCAUAACCUUGUUGUCAAAAACAACUGUCAACAAAGUUAUUGAUGCUGUUCUUGAUCAAAUCAGGAAUUUAAUAAAAAAGGAGAUUGGUAACAAACGGUUUAGUUUGCAAAUGGAUAGUACUCAAGACAUUUGCGUUUAUGAUCAAGCAACCAUUUGCCUACGAUGCAUAUAUAAUGGUAAAAUAACAGAAAGGCUUUUUGCUCUUACAAAAGUUACGAACUCUUCUGGAAAAGGAUUUUUUGAUAUCUUGAGUGAAUGCUUUUUAAAACAUGGAAUUCAAAUGAGAAAUAUAAUUGGAGAAUCAUUUGAUGGUGCUGCAAAUAUGCGGGGGGAAUUUGUUGGGUUGCAAGCUCUUAUUAGACAAGAGGCUCCAGGUAGCUUGUAUAUUUGGUGUUAUAGUCACAUAUUAAAUCUCUGUAUAUGUGAUUCAUGCGAUAAUAUUGAAGGCAAAAUUUUAUUUGGAUUAUUGAACAGACUAGCAACUUUCUUUGGUGAAUCAUAUAAAAGGAUGGACGCUUGGGUAAAACAGAAUAACUCAACUGGCCAAAAUAAACUGAGAAGGCUGCAAAAAAUAGGUGAGACAAGGUGGUGGGCACGUGAAAAAGCCCUUAAAUGGAUAUAUGGCAAAGAGAACUUACUUCCAAUAACGAUAAGUGCACUUCGAUUUAUAAUAGAUAAUAAAUCAUUUGAGGCAAAAACCUCAUCAGAAGCGCAGUCGUUGAUAGAUAAUUUAUGUAAAUUUAAGACUCUUAGUACAGCUGUAAUAUAUUUGGAAAUUUUUGAAAUAAUGGGGCCAUUGUCAUUGUAUCUUCAAACCAAAAAUUUAAAUAUUUUGUCGGCAUGGAAGAUGAUAGAAGAUGCUAAGUCUUCUGUGUCAUCGAUAACUAUUACAUCAAUUCAAAAUAAAGCAAUAAAAAUGGCUUCUGAUUUAAAUGAAACACUUUCAUAUUUAAAGCUUACGGAGAGUAUCUGUGUACAGACUGCUCUACCAAAAAUUCGAAUAGGACGAGCAAAGAGAAUAUAUAGUGAUGAAGGCCAGAAUAAACGUCCUCAAGAAUCGAUUGACCUUUAUAGGGUUGAAGUAUUUCGUCCUAUAAUUGAUCAAAUUAUAAACAGUUUGUCGGAACGCUUUUCUGCGAAUAGAGAGCUUAUUUUGAAUGUGCGAUAUUUGCAUCCAAGGCAUUUUGAUGACAUAAAUAGCAAAGGUAUUUCUGAAAUGGCCUUGGAAAAACUGGCGCAAUUGGCAAAUAUAUCGAGUGAUAAAUUACAUAACGAAUUGUGUCAUUUUCUAGUGUAUUCAAAGAUUUAA